AUUAACAGCUUCUAAAACAUGGACAGCUUGCAGUGUUUUAUUUAUUUAUUUUAUUCUAUGUGACUCUAAGAAGCUGAAUUAUUGUACCUAAUAUGCCAUAUUUUUAAUGGAAACUUAUUUCCACCCACACAAUCAGACAAAUUACAGAUUAGGUCAUAAUUCAGAUGAUAAUUAACUUGUAUUUCCUUAUCACCUGUUGCUCCACCUUUAACUGCUCCACCCUUAGUAACAUAUUUAAGCAUCUAUUCAGUUUCCUCCAGUUGCAUCUGAUCACUGACUGAUCACUGAAGCGGUUUGGAAUUUAAUUAAGUAUUUGAUCAACCGGAUCAACUGAUUUCUUUUGCUUAAGGACAAAUUCUCCAUCCAUCAGGCAAAAUGUGCACAGGGGCAUGCUCCAAGUUUAUUGCCAUCCCUCUCUAUGUCUUGGCUCUGGUGUCGGUCAUCUGCAACAUCAUGCUCUUCUUCCCUGACUUUAGUACUGAGUAUGCAAGUGCAGACAGCAAAAGUGAGCCAAAGCUCACAGAUGAAGUGAAAUAUAUGGGAGGCCUUAUUGGAGGAGGAAUCAUGGUCCUUAUUCCUGCCAUUCACAUUCAUCUGACAAGUGCACAGAACUGCUGCGCCAACCGCUGUGGGAUGUUCCUGUCCAUUGGGUUUGCUGCGAUUGGUGUGGUGGGAGCCAUUUACAGUUUGGCCGUUGCAGCUGUGGGUCUUCAAAAUGGGCCAGUUUGUCAAUAUAUGCCACAAAAUGGCACUAAUAUAUGGGGAAGACCUUUUAUGGACAGUGAUGGAAAUUAUCUGGGUAACAAGGACAGUUGGAAAACUUGUUUGGUACCAGACAAUGUGGUUGAAUUCAACUUGGGGUUGUUCUCCACCCUGCUGGUGGCCGCCGCCCUGGAGGUCAUCCUCUGUGCCUUCCAGAUGAUCAAUGGACUGUUUGGCUGUAUCUGUGGAACCUGCUCUGAUAAGGAUGAGGAUUAAAGCAAAGCAGAUCAACUUCACACCAUGACUUCUUGACGAAGACCUGAGAGAGAUUUUUCACCAUCACUGUCAGCAUGAACCAAUACGUUUCUCUUUUCCACAAUAUUUAAAACAAUAGUUUUCGCCUAACUGGCAACACUACAGGUUUGCUGCUUUAAAUGUCCAUCACUAAUAUGGAUUCGUCAAGAGGAUUGACUGGGAUUACUGCUGAUUGUUUCUUUUGUUUACAUUUCUUUAAAGAUUAAAAUAUUUAAUUUAAUCUCGGACACAUUAUGUACUUGAACAUGUAAAGUUAUUAUUAAUG